AUGAGCCAGUCACAAGCCAUCUGCCGGGCCUCGAAGGAGGUCGAGCUGCUGGAUGGCCCAGAAACGACUGAAGCCGAUAGAAUGAACGUUGCAGACAGCACAGCCGUCCGUCUUCCGCAGGCAGCUUCUCCCUCAGUGUCCCAGGGAAGUCACUCAAGCCCUUCUCACGGCUCCAGUUUGGCCAUGCUGCGAGAAGCCGUUGCAUUUGCUUCCAGCUACCUCCAGGUGCGGCUCAAAGAAGGCAAGAAACCUUACAACCCAUUGACUAAAAUUGGCCGCUUCAAUCAUUACAUCGUGGAUCCCUUAUUCCGUUGGCAUGGGCGAAACGACCGGAUAGUGGCCUCGCAAUCCCUCGGGCGAGUGAGCAUGCAGGGAGAGAACCGUUCGGUGUUGAACGGCGGGAGUCACAACUACGCGGGGUUGUAUGAACUGUCGCCACAGGAUGAACAGCUGCAGCGGAAAUGCCUGAGCCAUCUGCCCUUCGCGGAUGCCGAGGCUGUCCCGCUGCUCAAUCAAAGGAUGGUCGAUGGUCUGGCGAGGUUCUUCAACGCUGACUGUUGCUACGCAACGACGACCGGCUACCAAUCGAACGUGCUCGGGAUACCGGCCAUUGCUCGAGACAAUUCGCUCAUCGUGAUGGACGAGAAAUGCCACAACUCGAUUUUCACGGCGUCGUACAUGUCCCGAGCCGGAGCCCGCAAGAGGUUCCGGCAUAAUGACAUGGCGCAUCUGCAGUCCAUCCUGGAGUCAACUCAUGGGGAACACUCUGAUAUUAUCGUGGUCGUGGAGGGUCUUUACAGUAUGGAUGGGACCAUCCCACCGCUGGAUCGCCUGUAUGGCCUCAAAAAGAAAUUCAACUUCACCUUAUACGCGGAUGAAGCACACUCGUUCGGCUCGAUCGGGAAAACCGGAGGAGGUUGUCUGGAGAUGUGGAACGACCAACACCCCGAAGCUCUGGUCCCUGGCGAUGUGAUUGACGUUCGCAGCGCUGUCCUGUCCAAGGCAGUCGGCGGACUAGGCGGAUUCGUGUGCGCCGCUGCUCCGUUCCAGGAAGGCCUCCGCCAGCGGGCAGAGGAGCUGGCGGAGCGAGGCGAGUCACUCACAACCUCCACCAUGCUGCAGACGUUGUCGAUGUUGCGCCAGCCGCGCCGGUUGGUGAGCCAGUUGCACCGCUUGCUCGAUCUGUCUCGCUUCUGUCAUGAAGAACUGGCCCGCCAAGGGGUUCACGUUUAUGGCGAUGUUUACGUGCCCAUGCUCCCCGUGUAUGGUGGCCGACCCAGCAAGGCGGCGGAAUUGUCUCACGUUCUCCGUCAGCAGGGGCUGGUGGCCUCUCCGGUCAGUGCUCCUGCGGUCGAGAUCUGGGAAAGUCGAGUGCGCGUCACCUUGUCCGCAUCGUACAGUGAUGAGGACGUGAACGCCUUGAUCGACGCCAUUAUCACCGCGAGUCAACGCAUCGGACUCAGCAGACCAACCAACAUUCCGCGCCAAAUGUACAGAUGCGCGCCGAACCCGGUGGACAUGCGGAAGCUGCAGAGGGAGGCUCAAGAAGCGCACGCAUACCUCAGCCGCAUUCUGCAGCAGCAGAUUGAGCAGCCUGUGGCGACACAGCGUUCUGGCAUCUCCGCGGCGGAGAUUGCCGCUGGCCAUGCUGCCCGCCAGAUGUACGGUCUCGGGUCAGGCAGUGCUCGGUGGAUUCUGGGCACUUUCCCACCACAUCUCGAGGUCGAAGAACUCACAGCACAAUUGACACGGCAGCCGGCCGCGCUGACCUACCCGGAUUCCGACUUGGGCCUCAUGUCGACCAUUGCCGGCUUGUGCCGUCCGGUGAUUGCUUGUCGACGACACUAUUUCCUGGUCCCCGCGAAUCUGCCUUCGACCGCCGAGGAAGGCUUUCGGGUGGCCACAAAGAACUCGGGAACCGUCUGCCUGAAGUACGCCGAUCGGGAUGCCCUGGUCCCGCUGUUCGAGGCUCUGUCAUCGCGCAGCGCGACUUAUCUCACACUCUACCUGGACCCGGUGGUCGACGGUGGCUACAUGGAUCUGAUGGCUCUCGCAACGCAACUGGCGGGCAAGAGGCGCAUGACCCAUGGCAUGACGGUCCUCCUCAAUGACACCAACGGACUAGGGCGCCUGGGGCCAUCCCAGCUGGGGAUUGCGUCCGCCGUCGACCUCGUCCGCUUCUCUCAGAUCCUUUCCGCCCGGAUUCUGGUCAGUGAAUCAUUCUACAGGGCCUUCAGUCUGCCGGGCGGUUAUCUGGCCGGAGACCCUACGAUCAUUGAAGAGCUGCGCUAUACCAGUCGCUGUUACAUGUUCACCACGUCUCCCCAACCGUUCGUGAUGGCCAUGGUCAGGGACGCUUUGCAUGGCCGGUUGAGCGCGGCCCCAGUUGAAGAGAGGUACACGAUGGCCAUAGCCACCAAAUCCAGACCGGAAAGCGUGCGCAGUAUGCUGCGUCGCACAGUUCACCGGCUGCCACAAGAACGGGCGCCCUUGCUCGCGCUUGUUCGUGUCAAUGUCUGA